AUGUUCUCCUUGAAAACCCUCUUGCCGCUCGCGCUCAUUGCUUUUGCAACAUUCUUGACCACUGUACAAGCGGUUAAAGGACCAGUCAUCACAAACCAGGUCUACUUUGACAUCAAGCAAGGUGACCAAGAACUUGGUCGGAUCGUAAUUGGAUUGUUUGGCAAAACAACCCCCAAGACGGCGGAGAACUUCCGCGCACUUGCUACUGGCAAAGACAAGGAUGGAAAAGAAUUAGGAUUUGGUUACAAGGGAUCCAAGUUUCAUCGAGUGAUCAAGCAGUUCAUGAUUCAGGGCGGCGACUUUACUCGUGGAGAUGGUACCGGCGGAAAAUCGAUCUACGGCGAACGUUUUCCGGAUGAGAACUUUAAGCUUCGUCACACAGGACCCGGCAUUCUUUCGAUGGCAAACGCCGGAAGUGACACCAACGGCAGUCAAUUUGUACGAUAUGUCGUUCCCCGUGCGCGGAGAGACGUCCCCGGAGGUUUGGAAAGAAAGCGGCGCUGCGGGUUUAUUACUACCGUCAAGACCUCCUGGUUGGAUGGCAGGCACGUCGUCUUUGGCAAGGUUUUGGAAGGAAUGGACGUCGUGACCAAGAUUGAGACUACCCAAACCUCCGCCGGCGAUAAGCCCGUCGUUGACAUUGUUAUCUCAGAUUCCGGAGAGCUUGAGAUGCCCGUGGUCAAGGAUCUUGACGGCAACGAGGACGAGGAGAGUACACCGGCUCCUUCCUCUAACACGGUCAAUCAAAAUAGCAUUCCAUCAGAUUAUUCCUAUCUCACUUCUCCUUGGAGCUUCUUCCUUGCUUUCCUCGUCGUCUCUGUCCCUGUUGGAGCCUGCAUCUGGUUUUUCGGUACCAAGCGUCUUCGACAGACGCUUGGAGUUCCACCAAGGAAUUCGUCUGGACGAUACGCUAGGCUGACGAACAUGGAGGAGUAG